UGUACUGUCUGCAGUCUCUGGUCAUCCCCUGUACUGUCUGCAGUCUCUGGUCAUCCCCUGUACUGUCUGCAGUCUCUGGUCAUCCCCUGUACUGCCUGCAGUCUCUGGGUCAUCCCCUGUACUGUUUGCAGUCUCUGGUCAUCUCCUGUACUGUGCAGUUUGCAGUCUCUGGUCAUCUCAUGUACUGUGUCCACAGUCUCUGGUCAUCCUCUGUACUGUGUCUGCAGUCUCUGGUCAUCUCCUGUAGUAUGUCCGCAGUCUCUGGUCAUCUCCUGUAAUGUCUGCAGACUCUGGUCAUCUCCUGUACUAUGUCCGCAGUCUCUGGUCAUCUCCUAUACUUAUGUCCGCAGUCUCCGGUCAUCUCCUGUACUGUCUGCAGUCUCUGGUCAUCCCCUGUACUGUGUCCACAGUCUCUUGUCAUCUCCUGUACUGUAUGCGCAGUCUCUGGCUAUCUCC